AUGCUUGGUUAUCACCUCCGCAUUGUUGUAAAAUCCUCCUCGCAAUCUCAAGAAUCCUUCAUUCCGACUUCAUUAUUCCAACGCUUUCCGGCUCAUUCACAAAAAUCAAUACACCAACCGAGCAAGACUCCUCACCAUUCCAACGACUAUCGAUUUGGGAGCCUCACUAUUGACUGGGUCGAUAUGGAGCGCGGAAGUCAACCUUACUCACCAUGGAUAGAGAAGGGGCGGGGUAAAGGACACGCCGAAGCGACAUUCGUACCGCAAACUCGCAAGAAGGUUGGUACCACCAACUUGCCGGAGGGGACUGUCCAUAUAUUUCGAGACUGCACAAACAUACCUUCUCUAACAGUUUUAGAAGCUAUGGCAUCUUCUCUACCUGUUGACACAGAUGGGGUUAUGCUCGCGGUCCUUGCCGUUCCCUCUUGGAUGACUCCCUCAGAUUUCUUGGCUUUUGUUGCUCCAGCAGUCGAUGGGAUGGCACACUUGCGAAUUAUUCGCGAUUUCGCGCCCAACCGUUCUAUCGCAGUUGUCAAAUUUCUGAGUCCGGCAAAUGCAGCUGAAUUUGCGGAAGCCUACAACGGAAAGCCUUUCAAUUCAAUAGAGCCCGAAAUCUGUCAUGUAGUCCAUGUUCUGUCAAUUGCGAUUGACGUUGAAGAUCCAGUUUCUCAAGCGAUAUCACGAACUGGAGGUUCCCAUCUGACCAUGUAUGAGCUUCCCACAUGCCCCGUUUGCCUUGAACGCAUGGAUUCCGCUGUGACUGGUCUCAUCACCGUGCCGUGUUCUCACACGUUUCACUGCAUGUGCCUCAGCAAGUGGGGAGACAGCCGAUGCCCUGUGUGUCGGUAUUCACAAAAUCUGCUCUCCUCACACCCAACUUCAAUAUUAUCUUCAAGGUCACUCCCAUUCACCAAUCCCACAGCUACACCGCUGUCCUCCUGUUCCUCCUGUCCAUCAACCACGAACCUCUGGAUUUGUUUGAUAUGUGGUAAUAUCGGCUGUGGUCGAUAUGGUCAAGCCCACGCCCAAGCUCACUACCAAGGAACAACGCAUUUAUACGCGUUGGAACUAGAAACGCAACGUGUAUGGGAUUAUGCAGGUGAUGGUUAUGUUCACCGCCUCAUUCAGAACAAGGCCGAUGGGAAACUAGUCGAACUGCCCAGCGCAGCUUCGUCGAUGGGCGUCACUCCAAGAGAUGGUAGCCUAGGACCAAGUCAAGCGGAUGCAUUGAGUGCUGAGAAGAUAGAAGCUAUCGGAAUCGAGUACUCGUAUCUCCUUUCUUCUCAGCUGGACUCUCAAAGAUCCUUUUACGAAGACCAAACAACCGAAUUAACCGCCCAAGUGAUCGAUUUAAGGGGUUUGAUUGAAAGGCUCAGCUUUGAUUUUGAGGCGGAUCGUAAACUUGCGAAAGAGGAGGCUGAGAGAAAACAAAAGGAAGACGAAGAGAAGUUGGCGCAAAUAAUGAAGGAGAAAGCGAGAGCUGAGCACAAGGCCGAGAAGGCUACUGAACUAGCAAGGAAGUUUGGGAAUGAACUCAGAGAGGAGAGGGCUGUCAGCGACGGGUUAAUGAAGAACUUGGCGGUGAUGAAGGAGAGGAUGGAGCUUAUUGACAAGCAGAAGGACGAAUAUACUCGCAAAGUUGAAGAGUUGGAGGAUCAGGUUAGGGAUGUCAUGUUCUUCCUUGAAGCCAAGACGAAGAUAGAACAUGGGGGUGGGGUCGAAGCGGAGGCUGCUGGCGGCACCGUUGAGGUCCCCGUUGCCUCGACUGCGCAAAAACUCAAGGGAAAGAAGAAAAUUUCGCAAAAAGGAUAA